AACCAAAAACUAAAACUAAAAACUAUUGAAACAAUCAUCACCUAAAACUAAAGCAAAAACUACAAACAAUCAAGCUCUAAUUUUCUUUUUGAAAUUAUUUAAAAAAAAUUCUAAAAUUUUUAAAUAUUUAUUAAUAUCCUAAACCUCACCUUCCAAACCCUCACCCCUCAACUAUAAACCAUAAGUCUAGAUUAGUUAAUCCUAAAGUUAUAAAUGUAUGUUUACCUCUUUAAAAUUGAAAGUAAAUAUGGUUAAAGUAAACAUGAAAAAUGGUAUUAGAAAUGUGGUUGUUUAGAAAAUUUCCUAAGAAUUAACAUAUUAUUUAGGAAAAUAUAAAUCAUAAAUAAAACAAGGUAUUUUCCAAAUUAUCUCUUUUAUCAAUGAUACCAAUUUCAUAAAUAACUAAACUGCUCAAAAGAUUGGGGGACACGUGGCGUCUAUAUCAAAAUUUCUCAAACGAUAAAUCUUUCUCUCCGAAAAAGCAGGUGGAAUACGUAAUACCAACUAUUUUAUCUCCGUAUAAAUUAAAAGAACAAAAGUUACAAACUUGUUUCCUUUUUAAGUGGGAUUUUCCUCUUCUUAUUUAAAUCGACUUUACUUGUUACCAUGUGAAUAAAAGUUCACUUGUUUCCUUUUCUAUUAAUAAUAAUGAAUUGACAUAUUAUUUUAAAUAAAAAGAGGAUAUCUCAACAGUUAUAUAUAGAGAAUAUAUCCAGAACGACUUUAGGGUUUUGAUUCUCUCUUGGCAUAUCUCUCGGCCACAAAAGCUCAGCCGUUGCACUUUAAUUUCUGCAUGAUGGCCAGGACGAUUGACUUUGCGCAAGGAUGGAGAAUUAUGCAGAUUGGUAUCACUAAGCUGGAAAAGCAUGUGGAAGGACUUCCUGGGAACUCAAUUAAUAGUGAGCAAUAUAUAAAACUUUACACGACUGUCUACGUUAUGUGCACCCAGAAACCUCCUCAUGAUCACACAGAGAAGCUUUAUAACAAGUACUGUGAAGUACUUGAGGAAUAUACUAAGUCGACAGCUUUGCCUUCUCUAAGGAAGACCUAUGACGAUGAAUAUAUGCUGCUGCGAGUACUUCUUGAAAGAUGGUCUAUCCAUAAAAAGAUGGUUAGACGCCUAUCCAGGAUCUUCCACUAUCUUGACCGUUACUUCGUUUAUCGCAAUUCACUCCUAUCUCUGGAAGAAGUUGGAUUAGCAUGCUUCGUUGACAUGGUUUAUAACACGUUGCAACGCAGGGUCAGAGAAGCUGUGAUAGCUAUAGUUGAUAAAGAACGAGAAGGUGAUGAUACUGAUAUUGAUAGGGCGUUACUUGAAAACAUUAAAGACAUUUAUGUAGAGAUUGGAAUGGGUAAUAUGAAAAGAUACGAACAAGAUUUGGAGAGCUUCAUGCUUGAAGGUACAGCGUCUUACUAUUCUCGCAAGGCAUCAAGAUGGAUUCAAGAAUAUUCUUACUUUGAUUACAUUCGGAAGUCUGAAGAAUGUGUAAAGAAGGAGAAGAAGAGAAUGUCUCACUACCUUUACGCAAGCAGUGAGCCAGAGCUGGUUAAGAAAGUAGAGCAUGAGUUGUUUGUAGUGUAUGCAAACAAGCUUCUUGAGAAAAAGCACUCAGAGUUCAGGGAAAUUGCGGGAGGCUUGGAACCUAUAACAAACAUGUUCAAGCAGCAUGUUGAAGACACAGAUGGUCAAGACACGGCUGCAAUCAGAAAAGUGAUUGAGGUACAUGAUAAGUACAUAGUCUAUGUCACAAAGUGUCUCGAGAAUCAAACCAUCUUUCACAAGUCCUUGAAAGAGGCAUUUAAGUUUUUCUGUAGCAAAGCAGUGUCUGGAAGCUCUUUAAGUGCUGAAUCACUGGCAACAAUUUGUGACAGAAUUAUAAUUCUCAAGAAAUGGGCAAGUGAGGAGCUGAGUGAUGAAGCUAUUGAGAAGGUGGUCAAGUUUCUUGCGUAUAUAAGUGACGACAAGGAUCUUUUUGCAGAGUUUUACAAGAAGAAGCUGGCACGUAGGCUGCUAUUGAAUCGUGAUGCUAGUUAUGAUCAUGAGAGAAGGAUCAUUACAAAGCUCAAACAACAGUUUGGUGGGAAUUUUACUUAUAAGAUGGAGGGAAUGGUGACAGAUUUGACAUUGUCAAGACAAUACCAAAACAGCUUCGAUGAGUAUGUAGCCAGUAACCCUGCUGCAAAACCAGGGAUUGAUUUUAACGUCACUCUUCUUACAACUAGUGUUUGGCCAAGUUACAAAACGUUUGACGUGAAUCUACCUAGUGAAAUGGUCAAGUGUGUUGAAAUUUUCAAAGUGUUUUAUGAAGCCAAACACAAACGUAGGAAACUUACUUGGCUCCACUCACUAGACACUUGUCACAUCAACGGAAAGUUCGAUCAAAAGCCCAUUGAUUUGAUCGUGUCGACUCACCAGGCUGCUGUGCUUCUGCUUUUUAACACAAGGGACCAACUGAACUACACUGACAUCCAAACUCAACUGAACCUAAGCCAUGAAGAUCUUGUGUGGGUGCUUCAUUCCUUGUCAUGUGCUAAAUACAAGAUUCUUAUCAAGGAGCCAGCCACAGAGACUGUCUCCAAGAAUGAUGUUUUUGAAGUCAACUCCAAAUUUACAUCUAGAAUGGGCAGAGUAAAGAUUCCUCUCUCUCAUGUUGAUGAACGGAAGAAAGUUGUUGAAUAUGUUAAUAACGACAGGCGCUAUGCAAUUGAAGCUUCUAUUGUCAGGAUCAUGAAGGGCAAGAAAGUAUUGGGACAUGAACAACUUGUUUCUCAGUGUGUCAAGCAACUUAGUGGGAUGUUCAAGCCUGAUGUUAAAGCGAUUAAAACACGUAUAGAGGAAUUAAUAGCGAGAGAUUAUUUGGAGAGGGACAAGAUGAAUCCUAAUAUGUUUAGGUACUUGGCUUAGGGAACAAAGCAUAUAUCUGGUAGUGUUAUCGUCUUGUUGUUUGCUUAAUUUUGCUUUCCUGUUUUUUUUUUUGUUUUAAACACGGUCAUGUUUUAUUCUUGGGAUGCAAUUGACCUUAUGGCGGUUUGUUUCUUGGAUAUGAUGGGAACUGGAGCUGGUUCUAAUAAAAAGUAGAUUUUUUUUCUGAGUCUUCAUUAGCUUUAAAAACUGUGUUCUAUGAUUCUUAAUCCUUUUGUUAAUAGAGUCACAACUGUAUGAUUUGGGUUCAGAAACUACAAUAAGCUACUUAUGGAGAUCUGAGUUUUUAUAGUAUUAUAAUAGAAUGAUACUAAAGCCCUUAAUUAAUAUACCAGAUAGAUUCACCUAUAUGUCCAAUAAGCGAGACCAUUCAUUCACGCUUACAUGGAGAUAGCAUCAAAGGGUGAAAUUCGCCAUGAUCAGGACAAUAUAUGAAACAGGACCCAAGAUGCCCCUGAAAGCUGCUUCGAUUCUCUCCAUGAGACGACUCCACAUUGCAUCUGAGUUGCUUAACAAUUUUUGUCCUUUUCUGUUGAUCUUCUUUGGGCAAGAGCCCAAUGCUUCGUUUUCAUUAAAUUUGUCACUUUCCUUAAAUUUGUUUGAUGGAAAAGCUUCGUUUCAUUAAAAAAAUGAUUUUAAGGAUAGGUCAAGCAAUAAAACUCGACAUGCCGUAGCGGGAGAGAGAGUGAGGCGACAAUAAAGGCGACUAGGGUUUCGUAGCUACUGUCUCCGCCGUCGGUGUGGCCUCACGUCCACCAACAAGAAUCUUCUUCUUCCUUCCUCCUCUUCCUUUCUGUCAUGGCUAUGUUGGUGAUUGCUCGGUUUUCAUCCUCGACGAUUCCGGUUCCAGAUCCAGAUCCGUUCUCUCAGAUCUCUACUUGUUGUGGCUCCACCUCCAGAACCGCCUGACCCAUCAGAUUUGUUCCUUUUUCUAUGUCCACUUUACAUCCUUGAAGCUUCAGCCUCCCCUCGAAAAUCUUGUUCUAGCUUAGACAGUUCAGUUCUUGUGUCUUCUGGAGUGCAGCAAUCUACUGCUUUGUUCAGUUCUCAAUCAUGUCCUAUUCUCGUGAAGAACCCAUGGUUACUUCUUUCUGGACCCUUCGCUCCUUGCAUCAAGCGUCCACAAGGUUUUAAUUAUCUCAAUACGAGUCUCCUUUUACCCUGGAACUAGGUGUGGGCUCGCACCUUGUGUGAGCUAAUAUAUAUUCUUAAUAUUUUUACUAUUAUAUUUAUUUUAUGCUAAUGUAUUUAAUUAGAUAUAAAUAUAUUUAUUGUGUGUUUUCGGUCUUUAUUAACCAAAUCUCAAUUGCUUAUUGUGUGGAAAUAUUUUUCUUAUUGUUUAUACGUGAUUUUUUUAUCUGGAAAUUGAAUCCCAAGUUUUUUUUAAAUAUUAAAGAGUCUACUUUCAAAAUUUUUAGUUUAAGUGUAAGUGCACUCAAUAUGAAGGAACAAAUCUUAAAUUUAGUAAGUACAGUUCUUGGCCAUGUAGAACUAUCCAGAGAACUUGAAUAAAACUCAAUAAUACAUAUCACUGUAAUUUUCAUGAUUGGUUUAAAGAAAUAUGAAACUUGGUUUGCAUACCAAGAAUGUGCAUGUUAAAUAUGUAUCACUAAAUAUUAAAAAUUUAAAUAAGCGUCAUAAAAACAAAACAAUAUUAAAUUAAACUCUGAAUAAAAUUUACAUUGUGUCAUGAAUAGUAAUUAAUUUUAACUUAGUUAAACAUUUUCAUGUUGCAAUGAUAUAUUUUAAGGUUCAACAUUCACAACUUCGCCAAUAAUAUCUAAACACACAAAACAUCAGAAAGGAGAACUUGUGAACAAACAUAUCAUAAAUUAAAUACAUCAACAAAAAAAAAUAUGAUAUAGAAAAUUCACCGACUAAACAUUCCUUUUCAUAUUGACGUCCCAAUAUUUCUUUAAAUUCCAUGAAAUAAUAAUUUUGAACUCUUUUGAAAAAUCAUCACAAGGUAUGAUUUUGGUUGUUCUAUAAAAAUUUAUCUUAAAAAUGAGAGGCGUUUUAUAUUUUAUGAUCUAAUCACCGGAAGCGAAAUUAUGCAGGAUAAAAAAAUCUCCUUGACAUAACUUAGAUCGGAAAUUACAAAAGACAAGUCGCCAAAAGAACAUUUAUCAAUAGAAGCAUGAGUCCCUAGUUGCCUAAAAAAUAAAUUUCAAAAUAAUUGACUAACACCAAAUCGUAUAAUUAAUGUGAAUCAAUAAUAAAAUAAAUUAAUAUUUACGAUGUAUAUCAACCAACACCAAUUCAGUUGAAAUUUUUUUUAAUUUUUUCAUUAUUCUAAAGUAUCAACACAUUUACUCUAAUUUUAUAGCAAUAUUUAGCCGACUCAGUAUCUCCAAUAAGAAAAAGUGAUACAUAUUUCUUUUUCCAAAAGACAAUGUUUGAAGUGUUUCAUAUUAUUUAAAGAUGAAAUUUUGUAAAUUUUGUGUGUAUUUCCCAUCUAACAUAUGAUGAGAAUAUGUACAUUCAUGGCAUAUUGUCGGCAAAUUAUAAUAAUAGAUUAUUAAAAUGGAUACUAAGAAAAAGUCGACAUCAUAAUUCUAUGUAUUAGCAUUUACAUACUACUAUAACUAUAAUACGACCUAGAGUAAGAUAAAUACCACUUACACAUUAUCUAUACUAUCAUUAAGCUAUAAACUAUAUUAAAAUAGAUUAUGUUCCACAUUUAGUAACGAAUAUGAUUUAAAAUUAUCCAGUAACAAAUAUGAUUUUAAAAUAGAAUAAUAAGAAUUGAUCAUAACUCGUCAAAGUUACAUUUUUAAUGAAUAUAUAUGUAUCUAAUUACAAAUCUUGAAAUAGUUGUAUUAUUUAAAUUAAUAACUCAGUUAAAAACUAAUAAUAAAUUAAUGAAUAGCUAAAACCUAAUAAAACAUGACAAAUUGGCAAAAUUAACUUAAAUCAAGGAGAACAUGACAAAUAAGAAAAAAUUUAAAAUAAUUAUAUAUCUAGUUACAAAAUGUAUAGUUAUAUCAUUAAAAUUAAUAAAUUAAUUACCUCAACUAAAAACUAAUAAUAAAUUAAUGACUAAGCUAAAACCUAAAUAAAAAUAUGACAAAUAAGCAAAAUCAAAAUAAUUUUAUAUCUAGUUACAUAUUUUGUAGUUGUAUUAUUUAAAUUAAUAAAUUAUUGGCUCAGCUAAAAACUAUUAAUAAAACUAUUUAUAAAUUAAUGACUCAGCUUAAACCUAAUUAAAACAUGACAAAUAAGCAAAAUUACUUAAAAUCAUGGAAAUCAUGGCAAAUAAGCUAAAUCACUUUAAAACUAUGUAUAGAUUAUGACUCAGUUUAUACCUAAUUAAAACAUGACAAAUAAACAAAAUUACCUAAAAUCAUGGAAAUCAUGACAAAUAGGCUAAAUCACUUCAUAAAUAAUAGUAUAGAU